AUGAACUCUACGUUUCAGAUUGGCUUCAUUGGCGCAGGAAACAUGGCUUUCGGCAUUGCCAAGGGCAUCUUGUCUGGGAAUGUUCUUCCUACAAAUAUCAUUGUGAGUGCACCAUCUCUGAGGAACCUAGGACGCUUUCAGGAGCUGAACAUUUCAACAACUCAUUCCAACACAGAUGUUGCCUGCAGUUCAGAUGUUAUCUUUGUAGCGGUCAAACCCCAUUUAGUUCCAACUGUUCUAAGUGAGAUCUCGCAGCACGUCACGGACAGACACACAAUUGUGUCCGUCGCUGCAGGAGUUACUCUAGCAACCUUAGAGGGGCUCCUGCCACAUGGUUCACCUGUUAUCAGGUUGAUGCCAAAUCUACCAUGUGUGGUUCUGGAAGGUGCACUCUUAUUUACACGGGGGACUCAUGCUAAACAAGAGCAUGGUGCCCUUUUGCACUCCUUGUUGCAUUGCUGUGGUUUGGUGGAGGAAGGACCUGAGGCCUGGAUUGACAUCCAUACUGGACUGAGCGGGAGUGGAGUUGCUUUUGUAUACCUGUUUGCAGAAGCGCUGGCAGAAGGAGCAGUUAAAAUGGGCAUGCCCAGUGCUCUCGCCCAAAGGAUUGCAUCACAAACUGUUCUGGGUGCUGGUCAUUUAUUACGUGACUCGAAUAAGCAUCCAGCUCAGCUUCGUUCUGAGGUCUGCACCCCAGGUGGGACAACCAUCUAUGGACUUCACGCUCUGGAACAAGGGGGUGUGAGAGCAUCAACCAUGACUGCUGUGGAAUCUGCAACCGAGAGAGCAAGGGAACUUGGCCAAAAGUCUGCAGCACUAGGAAGCAAGAAAUAG